CUUUUUUCCCUGUUUUGUGUGUGUAUGUUUGUUUGAACAAAGUAUGUUGGCAAGAGCAUUCCUUAAUUCCUACUACAUAUAUCUCGUGAAGGGCUUUUAUUCCUUCCAAAACCAAAACGGUGAGUAAAUGUUAGCACGAAAAUAGAAUUAAGUGUCGGUGGACUUCAGAAAAAGCUUAGUCCAAUUAUACAAAGCAACCUCUAUUUUUUCCAAAUACAUUCAUCGACUCAUUAUCCUCUUCUCUUUACCAUUUCAUCAAAAAUAAUUGUGCACAUUCUUGAAACAAAAAAAUGGAAGCAGCUCUAUGGAACUUGGAAGACAAAUGGAAACUCACAACUCAAGAAUCCAUUGCAUUUUUCAUUUGCACUUGUUCCUUAAUCAUUGGAAUUUGCAUAGUUGUUGCUUUUAUCAAAAGAAGAGCAGCAACUAGGAGAAAGGGCUUAGUGGGCCCGGCCCGUGACAUAGAAUGGUCUGAGUCAAAGCUACUGAGUUUGAAUAGUAUGUGUGUGAAAAAGGUGCUGACAAGUACGGUACGUUGGAGCGGGCCGAGCAAGUGGGAGGACAAAAGGAGCAAGAGUCGUGCUGAGAGAGUUUCUCCGUUACUUGUUGCUGCAGGUCAACUUAAGGGCGAGUCCGCCAGGUGGCAGAGCCACAACUCGGACUCGCCCGUGUGGCAAAGGCCAAUACUUAUGGGUGAAAAGUGUGAGUUGCCGAGAUUCAGUGGGCUUAUUUUGUAUGAUGAGAGGGGCAGGCCAGUUCAUCAUGUUGACAAUGAUCCAUUCAGCAUUGACCAGGAAAUAGUGGAUGAUGUUGGGAGAACUACUCUGAAGGACUUGCUGCUGUGACGUUUGCUUUAAUUCGAUACAUUCACAAAGUUUUGUAUAGGAAAUAGGUUUCUUUCUUGAUCAUCUUUCAAAAGCAUGUAAAAAUAUUCCUGUUUUUUAAACUCCUAUUAGCUUCCUGAUGCAAUAUUUUCCACUCGCUUUUGCAUAUUUUUUGCUUUCCUCUGGACAGAUAUGUGUUAAAGAUUCGGUGGAGUUCAGGAUCCAGAGUAAGUUUUUUUUUUUUUUUUAAAAAAUUGUUUUUAUUACAUAGGGGUAGGAGAAGGGGAUUACAAUGUGGGGAUUCGAACCCUCACCAACAAGAUGAGAGUUCAGGUAGCCAACCAACUGAGCUACUAGAUCCCUA